AUGAAGAACUUGUGGUUGUGGCGCCUCUUGCCCUGGGCGCUUCUGCUUGUUCAGGCAAUCCUCAUUCAAGCCAGUGACUCAUUUGAUACGCCGCCAGUAGGCGUCACGCCAGAGCAACAGCAGCCUCUAGGCGCAUCCUCCGAGCAUCCGGAUACUCGACCUCGAAAUGAACAUGUCGAAAAUGCCCUUAAAAUCCUCAAUGACCCCAAGAUCGCUGUCGCCAUUCCUGAGAAGCCAUCGGGCCUUACGGGAAACGCCUUAUAUUACGCCAAAGAGUUAUUCCGCAUUUUGUUCAUGAAUGGGCCGUCUUCAGAUAGUAUACAGAGACAGAAGAUCCACCCCAAGGUCGCGAAGGCCGUCCAAGAAUUGAGAAUCGCCGCGCAGGAUGACCACGACCCCGACGCAAUGUUCCUCCUCGCGGAGAUGAACUUCCACGGCAACUUCACACACCCUCGCGAUUUCCGGGAAGCGUUCCACUGGUACCAGCACCUUGCCUCCUUGACUGGCAACAGCACGGCUCAGUAUAUGAUCGGGUUCAUGUACGCGACGGGGAUUGGCGGCGGAGUGGAGCGCGACCAGGCGAAGGCUAUGUUGUACCAUACCUUUGCGGCCGAGGCAGGAAACACGAGAUCGGAAAUGACGCUGGCGUACCGUAACCACGCUGGCAUCGGGACACCGAAAAACUGUGAUGAGGCUACGUACUACUACAAGAAGGUCGCAGACAAGGCCAUCGAGUACUUCCGAUCUGGUCCGCCGGGCGGCCGCAACAUGAUGCGGGAGUCGUACCGGUGGGCGGAUGAAGAGGGUGGCGUUUAUGGAGAGGGGGCCAGCGUGUCUAGCUCCGGACCCAAUGCGCUCCGCGACUCCGCGCAAUCCAGCACUGAUGCUAGCUUGGAGGAUGUUCUGGAGUACUUGGAUCUGAUGUCCCGCAAGGGUGAACUGAAGGCGACGUUUAGUCUCGGAAAGAUGCAUUACGAAGGCACCCGAGGUCUGCCGAGGAACUUUCGAAAGGCGAUGAAGUACUUCAAGUUGAUCACGAAACGGUACUGGAACAAGGAUGGAUCGGUCAACCCCAACCACCCUCUCGGCGUGGAGAAGUUGGCCUCAAAAGCUGCCGGUCAUAUCGGCUUGAUGUACCUUCGCGGAGAGGGCGUGGAGCAGAACUUUGCAACUGCGUUGGUCUGGUUUAAGCGGGGAGUCGCCAACGGCGACGCUCUCUGUCAGCAUGAGAUGGGUCUCAUGUAUCUUCACGGUUACGGUGUUCCGCAGGAUGCGUUCCGGGCUGCCUCAUACUUCAAGUCUGCGGCAGAUCAGGACUUACCCGCGGCGGAGACGCGCUUGGGUGCGCUGUUCCUGGACCAAGGCGAUGUCCCAACAGCCACGCGGUAUUUCGAGCUGGCUGCGCGCUGGGGAUGGAUGGAGGCCUUCUACUACCUUGCUGAGAUGUCGAACAAUGGGGUUGGCCGGCAACGACACUGCGGCAUGGCGGCUUCGUAUUACAAGAUGGUUGCGGAGCGAGCCGAGGCGAUCCACUCUGCGUUUGGUGAAGCGAACACUGCUUAUGAAACCGGUGACAAGGAACGGGCUCUCGUUGCGGCUAUGAUGGCCGCAGAACAGGGAUACGAGAAUGCCCAAGCCAACGUAGCAUUCCUGCUUGAUGAGCAGCGCUCGUUGCUGUCUCUUGAUUCGAUCGUGCCUGGGCUGAAGAAGCCGCGAUCGCCUCUCUUACGGAAUGCUGCAUUGGCUCUAAUUUAUUGGACGCGUUCUUCCAAACAGGCCAAUAUUGACUCGUUGAUCAAGAUGGGCGACUAUUACCUGAGUGGGACCGGCAUCGCGGCUGAUGCUGAGAAGGCUUCGACUUGCUACCAUACGGCAGCUGAGGCUCACUACAGUGCACAAGCAUAUUGGAACCUUGGGUGGAUGCACGAAAAUGGUAUUGCGGUGCAUCAGGACUUCCAUAUGGCCAAGCGAUAUUAUGAUCUGGCCUUGGAGACGAGCCCGGAGGCCUAUCUUCCGGUGAAAUUGAGUUUGCUGAAACUGCGGCUGCGCAGUUACUGGAACCGGAUAACCAACGGCAACAUCAACCCCAUCCAAGACGACGAAGAGACCAAACCACGCCGGUCCUUCAAGGAAUGGGUUGCCGCGUUCCUUGAGAAUGACGAAGAGGAGGAGGCCAAUUAUCGUGCACAGAUGUACAAACGAGCCCAGGAGGAGGAGGACGAUAUCUUAUCGUCUUCGGAUUCGCGCCACGAGGAUGGCUACUAUGACGAUCUGGAGCUCGAGAUCGACGAGAGUGUCUUGGAGGGUCUGAUCAUUGUGGCUUUGGCGGCGACGCUACUCGUCCUGGUGUACAUGCGACAGCAACGCAACCGGCCACAGCAAAAUGACAACAACGCGGGCAAUGCCGGACAGAACGAGAACGACCGCGGGUUCUUCCCUCGUCCUGGAGAGCCCGAGUUUGCGCAGUGGUUGGCGGGAGGUGUAGGGCAUUGA